AUGCGUUUCGGUGCCAAAAAACUCCAGGCGUCUCGAGCCACCAGGCUGGAAAAGCCUCCAAAGGGCCAUUUCUUCUUCGCUGGACGAGUGUUCCCACGCAUCAAGUGGUGGCAAAAGCCUCAUCUACGCAGGCUUUACUUUUACUGCGUUGUCCUCAUCUUUGUCAACAUUGCUAACGGCUUCGAUGGAUCCAUGAUGAACUCUCUACAGUCUUUGCCAUAUUGGCAGGACUAUUUCGGACACCCCAAGGGCAGAGUACUCGGCAUGCUGGGCUCCUCGAUGAGUCUGGGUUCGAUCAUCGGUCUUCCAUUUGUCCCGAUUGUCUGUGAUCGCUUCGGGAGAAAGAAGGGCGUCAUUUUGGGCUCGAGCAUCCUCAUUGUCGGUGUCGCACUCCAAGCUGGCGCUGCCAAUUACAACAUGUUUCUGUCCGCUAGAUUCGUGCUUGGAUUUGGUAUGGCUUUCGCCACCAAUGCAGGCCCCCUCUUGUGUGCCGAAAUUGCCCACCCGCAAGAUCGAGCCAUCAUCACAACUUUCAUGGGCUGCUCCUACGCCAUGGGCUCCUUCGUUGCCGCCUGGACCACCUUCGGAACCCUCAAGAUCAAGAGUGACUGGGCCUGGAGACUGCCGUCCGCCCUGCAGGCAUGGGCUACUGUUGUCGUUAUCUGCGUAAUUUGGUUCAUCCCAGAAUCCCCUCGUUACCAUAUGGACCGCGACAACCACGCAAAGGCUCUUCAAAUGCUCGCGCACUAUCACGGUGAAGGAAACGAGCAUGAUGAAUUCGUCCAGCUCGAAUACACAGAGAUCCGAACUGCUCUUGAUAUUGAUAGGGAGUUCCAGCGGAAUACCCGAUGGGUCGAUCUUGUUGCAACCAAGGGGAACCGUCACCGGAUGUCUCUUAUUAUUGCUAUCGCCCUCUUUGGACAAUGGUCUGGUAACGGUAUCAUUGCGUAUUACCUCAAGCUCAUCUUGGACGACAUAGGCAUCAAGAAGCCCAGCCAACAGCUGGGAAUCAACGGAGGGUCCAAAGCCAUGUCACUUUUGGUAAACAUCUUCGCUGCAUUCUACAUUGAUCGACUUGGAAGACGACCGAUUUUAAUGAUCAGCACAAUCGGAAUGUUGACAUGCUUCGUUUUAUGGACAAUUCUCAGUGCUCGUUACGCUAUCGAGGAGAAUCCAUCGACGGGCUUGGGACGAGGCGUUGUUGCGCUGAUCUAUAUGUACAACUUCUCCUACAACUUGAAGACCGGUCUCCCACUGACAUACACCACCGAAAUCAUGCCUUACGGCCUCCGUGCCAAAGCCGCCAUGGCCGGCGGUCUGGUCACCAUGGCUGCGGUCUUCUUCAACCAGUUCAUCAAUCCAAUUGCCAUGGGUGCCCUCCACUGGAGGUACUACAUCUUCUACUGCUGUUUCCUCGGAUUCGAGGUCUGGUUCCUGUAUUUCUUCGUCGUGGAGACAAGAUAUGUGCCUAUGGAGGAAAUCGCCAAGUACUUCGACGGUGAGACCGCUGAUGUCAGUGCCGUCACGAAUGCACAGUUCAAAGCCGAGUUAGCAGAACAAGGCACGGCCGAGCAGAUUGAGAACAAGAGCUCCGCUCCUGAAAUCUCCAUCACGGGAAAAGAAUUACGAUGA